AUGGCAGAUAUGAGAGCCGACAACGCGAUAGAGGUGGAAGCGCAGAAUGAGAAGAAGAAGUUGGAACAGACUGUCUCCAAUGCGCCCUCGGAUCUUAAAGCUGGGGAGGUCGUCGACCUUGACCAGGCAGAAGUCUUCCUGCGCGAGCACAACAUCAGCCAUCAUGACCUGAAUGCCCUUCUCGAGGACUCGUCCGGAAUGAAGCAGCUCGUGAAGCGUGUAGACUGGAUGCUCAUGCCGCUGCUAUGCGGCACUUACCUGCUGCAGUACAUUGACAAACAGUCUCUUUCAUAUGCUGCGGUGUUCGAUCUCUUCCCAACAACAGGUACCAAUCAGAACCAGUAUUCGUGGUUGGUGUCUCUGUUCUAUUUCGGAUACCUGUUCGCCGAAUGGCCAGCAUCAUACCUGGCGCAGAAGUUUCCGACAGGAAAGGUUGUGUCGAUCUCGGUUAUAAUCUGGGGGUCGAUCCUGAUGCUCAUGGCAGCAUGCCAGAACUUUGCUGGCUUAGCAGUGUGUCGCUUCUUCCUCGGAUGCUUCGAAUCGAUGAUCACACCAGUAUUCAUGAUGAUCGUUGGUCAAUGGUACCAACGAAGAGAGCAGUCGGCCAGAGCAGGUCUCUUCUACUGCUUCAAUGGCGUUGGCGCGUCAACCGGCGGUAUCUUGUUCUUCGCAGUCGGCCAGGCGAAAGGUUUCGACGUCUGGCGAACAAUCUUCAUCCUCGCAGGAGGCUUGACAGUCUGUUGGGGAGUACUGCUCCUCUUUUUCCUUCCCGACAACAUCAUGGACGCCAAACGAUUUAGCACCCAGGAGAAAGCCAUGCUCAUUGCAAGAGCUCAAUCCAACCAGACUGGUGUUUUGAACAAGAAGAUCAAGCUCGCUCAGGUUAAAGAGGCUCUGCUCGACCCGCAGAUCUGGCUGCUUUUCCUUUUCGUCCUGCUCAACGAGACAGUCAAUGGAGGUCUCGCAAAUUUCUCGAAGCUGAUCAUCAAAGGGCUUGCCAACGGCGACGCAUUGCUGACGACCGCAUACGGCAUCCCAACUGGCGCUUGGCAGGUGAUGUUCGUGUUCAGUGGACCAUGGCUGGCCGGCAGAUUCAAAAAUAUUCGGACUCUGAUCAUGCCGCUGUAUGUCGUACCAACCAUACUGGCAACCGCACUCCUGUGGCAGGUACCACAUACUGCUGAGCAUAAUAAGGGGCUGUUGAUCUGCAAUUACAUUGCAGGAUCGUACGUCGCGAGCCUGGUGAUUGCGCUACAACUGCCUGCCAAUAAUGUUGGAGGUUACACGAAGCGCGUGACGUCCACGGCGUUUGUGUUCCUGGCGUAUUGUGUUGGCAAUAUCAUAGGCCCGCAUGCUUUCUUGGAACGCGAAGCGCCAAAGUAUUCGACCGGCUGCACAGUAACAAUGUGCUGCGCGGCCGGCCAAGUGGUGCUCUCUUUCAUGAUCCGCGCGCUGUUGAUUCGUCGUAACAAGAAGCGUGAUGCGCUCUAUGGCCCAGCUGUCGAAACCCAGGCGCUGACAGAGGGCGUGAUAGAGGACAAGACCGAUUUUGAAAAUCCCAACUUCCGCUACAGCUACUAG